CUAUCAUACGACAUUUAUUACGACCUCAUCCACUUCCUGGGGUAAGCUACAGUCAAGGUCUUGAAAUCUAAAAAGAACCGCACGCGAGCUUUCUCUUACGAAUUGGACUUGUCAACCAUCUCCCCAAUACUCUACCAACUACCGCAAUCAUGAAGAUCCUCACCAAGGAAGAGGAAGAGGCCCACUACGCGGCUGUCGUCAAGGGCGGUCUCAUCGGAGGCACCAUUGGCAUCGGUGUCGGUGUUGGAGGCGUCAUUUUCGCCUCGCGACGAUACGCAGCCUUCCGAGGCCUCACCAUCCCUUUCCGGACCUUCCUCAUCACCUCGGCCGGUACCUUUGGCGCCAUCAUCAACGCCGAUCGAUGGUCCAUGGCCUUCCAGAAGGAGCAGAACCCCAUGAACUUUUACCAGGACGAGACCCAGCGCGUCCAGCAGAUCACGCGCGAGAACCAGUCCGCCUACGAGCGAUUCAUGGAGUACGGCAAGGAGAACCGCUACUCCAUCGUCUUCAUCUCGUGGCUGGCCUCCAUGGGCCUCGCUUUCGCCCUCGUCAGCCGCUCCCCCAUGAACACGGCCAACAAGGUCGUCCAGGCCCGUGUCUACGCCCAGGGCUUGACACUUGCCGUCCUCAUCAUCUCGGCCGUCUUUGAGAUGAACGACGCCAAGUCUGGCAGCGGCCGCUGGCAGACCGUCAUGGUCAUUGAUCCCGAUGACCCCGAACACAAGCACCUCAUCGAGAAGAGGAUUCACAAGGAGGAGUACGAGGGACAGGAUCUCUGGAAGGACAUGGUUGCCGCUGAGGAGCGACGAUUAGCUGCCAAGAAGGCUUCCGAGACCAAGAUCUAAGCGACCAGAACCUCUGAACAACCACAUGACAACCACACAUCAUCGACGAAACCCCU